AUGGAAGUUCAAGUAGAUGAAGAGCCGGUGGAAAAGUCUAGGGUUGUGAAGGUUGAUUCUUUGGAGGCUUGGGACUUGUCUGUAACUGAAGCCACUAACCAAGGCAGCCCUAUUGUUGUGCAUUUUACUGCUUCCUGGUGUAUGCCCUCUGUGGCUAUGAACCCGUUCUUUGAAGAACUGGCCUCAAGCUAUCCAGAUGUUCAGUUUCUCACUGUUGAUGUUGAUGAAGUUCAGGAGGUGGCGACUCGGCUUGACAUAAAGGCUAUGCCGACUUUUUUGGUGAUGAAGGAAGGUGCACAGGUUGACAAGGUUGUGGGUGCCAAUCCUGAAGAGAUAAGGAAAAGGAUUGAUGGUUCCGUUCAGUCCAUACGUAUAUCUCUUGCAUAGCACUAGUAUACUGGGGGAUAUUAUACAUCUGCAACUUGUGAAAUAAGUGGUUGACAAGGUUUGUACAUAGAUAAUGGACAUGGAUGAUAAGUUUAUCUUGGUUGCUGUAAAAUUUGGUGCUUCGGACAUUUUUUUUGUAUCCAUUUCUUCUGUGUGUGAGGUCAUCCUGCUCUUAAAUUUCAUCUUAAGCUUCAAAAGUUGUAAUUGGUUCUGUACAUUCAGUGAGAUGUUAAGAGUUGGCUGAUUUGAUUUUCAA